AUGGCCAACUCGUUCACCCUAACAUUCCUCGGCGAUGUCAUGCUUGCCCGCCUAAUCGACCAACUCCUCCCAAACCCUGUCAACAGCCCUAACGACGCCCGCAACGCCGCCCACUUCCAAUUCAAACACUCAUCUCUCCAACCAACAAAUUAUACCCCCUCCGCGCCAUGGGGAACCACUCUCCCCCUCCUCCGCAAAACUGACCUCCUCCUGAUCAACCUCGAAACCUCAGUAACAACGACCAGCUCACCAUGGCCAAACAAGAAAUUCAACUACCGCAUGCACCCCGCAAACCUCGUCCCCGUUCUCCACGCCGCACAAGUCGACUACACCAGCCUCGCAAACAACCAUACCCUCGAUUACGGCACAGAGGGUCUAAUCGAGACGGUAUGGACAUUGAAGUCUGCCGGGAUCUCUUUUGCAGGCGCCGGCCAGAAUACAGAUGAAGCAUACAAUCCGGCUAUACUCUACCUGCCGCGAUCAUUACAGGAGUAUCGUUCCAAAUGGGUUGCUGGAGAGAAAGUAGUUUCGACGAGGUGGAGUGAGCGCGAAAGAGAAGUGUUUGAUGAUCCCCGGACUGGAUAUGCUGUUCAUGUGUUUUCGGCCUCCGAUCAUCCUGCGGAGUGGGGUGCUACUGUACCUGAAUUCCAUUUCAUUGAUUACUCGACCAGGACGAGGGAGCGUUUGCAGAGAUUGUUGAGGAGUGGUGGGUCGUCGAUACCUGCACUGAAGAUCUUCUCGGUGCAUUGGGGUUCGAAUUAUACGUGGUGUCCGUCUGAGCAGAUACGGUCCCUCGCUCACUUUCUUAUUGAUGAGUGUGGGGUGGACAUUGUGCACGGACACUCAUCGCAUCAUGUACAGGGUGUGGAGAUUUACAAUGGGAAGAUCAUUAUCUACGGAUGUGGGGAUUUCGUGGAUGAUUAUAUGGUGCGGGAGGAUUAUAGGAAUGAUCUUGGUGCUGUGUGGAGGGUGAAUGUUUCGGAGAAUAACCAAGGUCUUGUUCUGGAUCGGUUGGAGAUAUUUCCUACGCGCAUUGAUCGCUUUCAAGCCAAUUUGCUCAAUCCCAGCGAUCAGGAUCAUAAUUGGACGAGGGAUAAGAUUGCAGAAUUAAGUGGGGACUUAGGAACCAUGGUGCAUAGUGAAUUAGGAGAGCAGGGCCAGAUCCUGAUUUAUGCAAGAACCGUGUAG